AUGGUAAUACAGUGUUUUGAAUUUCAGGUUAAGCAAGCAUCGUUUACUUACUGGUUCUUUGGUACUGGUUGGGCAGAAAGGCAUAGCUCUUUUGAUGAGUACACUGUUAAACCAACUAAACAGAUGGUAGCUCGUUGCGUCGGUCCGGAUGCCGGAUACAUUUCAACUUCAGCCUGUGUAUUAGCUGCUGCGUUGUCGUUACUCAAUGAUGCUGAUAAACUUCCACAAGGAGGUGUAUACACAUCAGCGGCAGCAUUCAAAGACACAGGGAUCUAUGAUCGUCUCGAAAGAUAUGGUGUUCGAUUUGAAAUUGUUGACGAGCUUCAUUGA